AUGGCUAAUUGGAGUGAUUGCAGUAGCACUACUCCUCAAAUUCCCUCCGCAACUAGUGGAACAUCAGGAGGAGAACAACAGAAUUAUGUGUCAUUUGUUCAUGAUCAUCAGUACCUCUAUGAAUCAUUUGGUCACCCAUUUCCAGGAUUUGUAGGAGCGGAGAUGAUGAAGCUAUGGUCUAGAAGUGCAUAUGAUUGCGGAGCUGAAAAUGGUGUGGGAGGUUAUGAUGCAAACAUCAACAACCAAGUGGAGACAAGGAGGAAGACGCGGUUGUCUAGUGAACAAGUAGAUGCACUGGAGAAGAGUUUCCAAGAGGAGAUAGAGCUGGAACAACAAUCUGGUGCUACACUCGAUGAAAGGAAGAAUAAGGUAAAGCUGGAACCGGAUAGGAAAAUGAAGCUGUCUAGAGAACUAGGGCUGCAUCCUCGCCAAGUAGCAAUAUGGUUUCAAAACCGACGUGCCAGACUUAAAGGAAAGAAAAUUGAGGAAUUAUACAAUGUACUUAAACAGGAUUUUGAAAUUGUGUCAAAGGAAAACCAGAGUCUUAAAGAAGAGGUUAUGAAAUUAAAAAGCAAGCUUGACGAUCGUGAGUCUAUGCGAGCAUCAAGACGAUACAUAGCACAAGUGUGGCUACAUGAUAAGGUUGUCGCUGACAGCACAAACACAGGGAUCUCUGCAGCUAUCCAAUCCAUAAAUGAAGUGCGGCAAGGAAGAACCAAUAAUCCAAACGAUAUUCCAGGGUCCAGUGGUUAUUUGUUCGGCGAGGACUAUUCUUCAACAAUGUUGCUUCCUUAUUGGGAUGUUCCCAACUGUUAUCCUUCAUCACAGUGA